AUGCCUAGAGUAUAUGUGAAGAAGAAGUUGCCUGCUUACUCAGAGGAAGACUUGAAACAGGCUGUUGCGGUUGUAGAGAACGGCACAUCAAUUUUUAAUGCAUCAAAGAAGUUCAAGAUUCCCUAUGAGACUUUAAGGAGAUGGGUUGUAAAAACACCAGGUCACAAGGGAUCAGGAAAAUUGCCAGUUUUUUCAAAUGAAGAGGAAAACAUGAUUGUUGAAAGUUUGAAAUUUAUGGCAAGAUGUGGGUACCCCCAAGAUCGAAAGGAUCUUAAAUAUAUAGUUAAAGGUUUUACAGAAGCUUUGCCCCCUUCAAGAAAAAUGAAUAUACCAUUCAAAGAUUUUGUACCAGGUCCUGAUUGGUUUCGGAAUUUCGAAAAAAGAUGGCAUGAGGAAUUGAGCAGAAGAAAACCAGAAUUAUUGACAAAAUCAAGAGCAGAUGCGAUGUCACCAUACAUAGUAAACCAUUUUUUUGACAUGUACGAAAAUUUGUUACAUGAAAACAAUUUGCUGGAGCAUCCAGAAAGAAUCUUUAACUUGGAUGAAACGGGGCUGGGCACAGAUGCAAGAAAUUGUGGAGUUUUCGUUGCAAAAAAUGCUCGGACAGCAUACCAAAAGUCAGCGACAUGCGGUAAAACAAUGUUUUCGGUGCUUUUUUGUGUAUCUGCUAAUGGGAAGAACAUGCCACCCUUUACAGUUUAUAAGAGUAAGCAUAUCUAUGAUACAUGGACCCAAGGUGGACCUAGUGGUGCCAUGUAUGGAUGCACUGAUUCAGGAUGGAUGACUGAUAAAGUUUUCGAACAAUGGAUUAAACAUUUUUCUAAGUAUGUUGAGAAUUUGCAGAAACCGGUUUUACUUAUCUUUGAUGGACAUGGAAGCCACCUUACUUUUGAAACCAUCAAACAUGCAAUGGAAAAUAAAAUCAUUAUAUUGUGCCUUCCUCCAAACACAAGUCAUGCACUUCAACCACUUGAUGUUGGUGUAUUUGCGCCACUAAAAAAACAAUGGAAAGACAUUUUGAGAGCAUGGUUUACAGAAAGUCGUUAUCAGAGUGUAACAAAAUCGGUCUUUCCUAUACUUCUGGGGAAACUCUUCAAAAAUAUGUUAGCCACAAACGUCAUAAAAGGUUUUAAAGGCAGUGGAAUAUAUCCACCGAACCGCAAAGCACUUGCACACAAAGUAACAAUUUCAUCAGAAUUUGCUGAUACAAUGCAAUCAGAUGCUAUCAGUUCCACCGAUGUUCCUUCAAAUUCUCAGAAUUUGUCCUCGUCUCCAUCUGAAAAAUUUACAUCAAAAAACACAAUUUCCUCGCCAUACAAAGAUUUGAAAUGUGCAAUACUGUCGGCAAUUUCUCCUAAACCUUCGGAUUUGACAACAACCUGCAUGAGCAAUUUAAAAAGAAAGCGUAAACGUGUGCAGGCAAAAACAGGAGAAGUAUUGACAAACAAAGAUGUUCUAGAGAGGCUAAAAGUUGAAAGUGAAAAACGCUACCCAUUUUCACCUGCAUGGGGUAAAAUGGGUAUACAAAACAUACAGUCAUAA